UCCGCACUCCCGCUGUCAUAACCGCCUCACUCUCCCACCCUCCUGCCGUCUCACCAUUCGAGCCGACACUUCAGCGAGCCCCCGAAAACCCCUCGCACAACCUCCACCAUGGCUCUCCGAUCCCGCCUGCGCCGCGCUUUCACCCGCAGCUCGCAAGACGACACCUCCCUCACAAAGACCUCCUCCAAAUCCUCAAAGGCCAAUAAGGAUAGCAACGUUUAUCAGCCUGGCGAGAAAAUGCCACCCUUGAAAUACCGCCGCCCCGUCAACCCUGAGCACAAAGAGAAACUCGAAGCUUUCAGUUGGGCCAAGGCAUGGCGGCGGAAGAGCGAACAGAGCCAGUACUCACCCAUGGGGAGUCGCAUGCCGAGCCGGAAGAAUAGCAUUAACACGUUGGGUAGGCGGAGCAUUGGGGGUAGGAAGGGGAGUUCCCGGGGCCAUGAUGGGAUUGGUGUGGACAGUGGGAUUGGGGGCAGUAUUGCGGGAGAUGAACAGAGGGUAGAGCAGGUGAAGGAGGGGAGUGAUGAGGAGGGGGAUGUUACGAAUGUCGGUCUCUCCCGCCCCCCAACAAACGAACCCCGCAAAUCCUCCUCCUAUCCCGGACGCUCACACUCCAUAACAACGACCAACCCUUCACCCAAGAAGAACUCGAGCUCGCACUGAAACGCUCCCAUCUCGAAGCCCCGAAGGAAAGCGAUAGAAGCGGCGAUGGCUCGCCUGGGAGUCCCGGGGAGCCAGCGGGUAUGACGCCGAGGGAAGGAAUUGCCGUGUAGGGAAAGAGAAGGGGAUGCAUUUCUGGAUUGAGAUAGGAUAGUAC